AUGAAGGCAGAUGCUGAGCUAAAAAAACAACGAGAAAGAGAAAGAGAAGCUGCUCGAAUUGAAUUGCAAAAGAUGGAGAAAACAGCUGAGAUUGAGCAGAACUUGGAGAUUUUGAAAGAACUUGAGAAGCUAAGCGGAUGCUCCCUUUCCAAUAAUCAAUUGCAUGAUCUUAAGAACAAAUCUGAAAAGUUGUGUGGAGCAUCAUAUGAAGGAAUCCGUGGGAAUGCACUGCAACAGUUGGGUUUGUUCAUCAAGGCCGAGUAUUUAGAAGACGAGGACGACGACACAAUUCUAAAUGAAGAUGGUGAAGAGGGAGAAAUACUGUCAUAAAAAUAGCAGUUUCGGUUGCUGCAGCAGCAGCCCUCUGUGUUCCAUCUCCUUGUUAAUAACAGUAAAAAAGGCA